AUGGCGGAUUUCAAAAGAAUUAAUAUCUCAUUUUUAUUAUGUGUUUAUGGUUUUCUUUUCUUUUGUAACCUUUGCUCCUUUUUCUUUCCAUUCACUCUUCCUAAUCCAUUUUUGUCUGUUUCUCUCUCAUUUUCUUUCUGUUUCGUACUUUCACUUUCACUUUAUUCCACUUCAUGUUUUUCUUUUUUUUCUUCUUCUCUACUAUUGUAUCUCUUUAUUUUCUUCACCUUUCUUUCCUUUUUAUUCUUACCUACUCUUCUUUCUUCUAUUCCUGCCCUCUUUUCUUUUAAUUUUUCUCUUUUUCUUUCUCCUUCUUGCUCUUUCUUCUUUUCUUUCUCUUCUAUUAAUCUAAUAUUCUUCUUUUUUUUCUCCUACUCACUUCUUUUCUGCUUUCUUGUGCUUCUUUUGCUUUCUCCCUCUUCCAGAUACUUCUCCAGUUCUUCCUUCCUUCUCUCCGCCACUCUUUCUAGUUUUAUUUCUCGUCCCUUUGCUAUUUCUUUACAUUCCUGCUUUUGCUCCUUUUUUUUUUUUUUUUUUAAUGUGUUUCUUUCUUUAUCUCUGUUCACUCCAUUUCAUUUCAGGAAUCAAAUAGGAAGAAAAAAAGAAAAUCAAUUGCCUUUUUCUCCCACCCAAUUCCUGACCCUCCUCCUCCUCCCUGUCCUUUGUGCAGGGGUAGACAAAAGCUUCAUGACUGUUUUAAUAUUUUUCUUAUUGUUCUUGUUUCGUUCGCAUUUAUCUCUCUCUCUCUCUCUCUCUCUCUCUCUCUCUCUCUCUCUCUCUCUCUCACUCUUACUCUUUCUUUUACGUUCUCUCUCUCUCUCUCUCUCAUUGUCUAACUCUUUAACUCAGUUUAUUUACUCUUUAUUUUACUCUCUCUCUCUCUCUCUCUCUCUCUCUCUUUUAUUAUUUUUCUCUAUUUUGAUUUCCUAUGUUUCCCUUUGUCUAUUUCUGUUCUCACACUCUCUCUCUCUCUCUCUCUCUCUCUCUCUCUCUCCCGCGUUUUCUUCUUUUACCUCCUCUUUCUCUCUUUAUCACUUCACUCUUUUGUUCUUCCUUUUUAUCUUCUUCUUACUUUUUCUCUUUAUAAUUUUACAGUCUUUGAAAAGGAGAGUAUCCUUUCAUUUUUAUCUAUCUAUAGAUGUCUAUCUUUUAAUGUUUGUCUAUCUAUCCUUUCAUUUCCAUCUACAUACGCCUAUCUUUUCAUUUCUGUCUAUUAUAUGUAAAUCUAUCUUUUCAUUUCUAUCUAUCUAUAUAUGUCUAUCAUUUCAUUUCUAUCUAUCUAUAUAUGUCUAUCAUUUCAUUUCUAUCUAUCUAUAUUCCUAUGUAUCCUUUUAUUUCUAUCUAUCUAUAUUCCUAUCUAUCCUUUUAUUUCUAUCUAUCUAUAUUCCUAUCUAUCCUUUUAUUUCUAUCUAUAUGUCUAUCUAUCAUUUCAUCUCUGCUUAUUUAACUAUCAUUUCUGUUUAUCUAUCAUUUCUUCCUAUAUCCUUCUAUCCACAAUUUCAUUUCUAUCUAUCAUUUCACUUCUAUCUAUAUCUGUCUAUCAUUUCUACCCAACUACCAUUUCAAUUGAUCAUUUUAUUUCUAUCUCUCAAUCAUUUCAUUGUUAUCUAUAAAUUCCUUUCUAUCUGUCCAUUUUCUCAAAUCUAUCUUUUUUAUUUCUAUCUAUCCACGUUUUCUUUCAUUCCCACCAACCUCAGUCACUUUUGCUCCCCCCUCUCUCUCUCUCUCUCUCUCUCUCUCUCUCUCUCUGCAUUUCCUUCUCUUUUUUUAUCUCCUUAUUUCAUCUUGUUUUACUUUCUCUGUUGCACUGUCAUUAUCGUUUUCACUAUCUCUCUCUUCCUCUCUCAAUUUCUUUUGCCUCUUUCUUAUCUUUUCACUACUGUAUAUUAUCUUUAUCACUCACUCUUUACUCAACAUAUCUUUUUUUUCUCUUUUUCCCUUUUUCCCUUAUUUGUCUCUAUCUUUUCCUUUCUCCCCUCUAUAUCUUUGCUUUUAUCUUUCUUCCUCUUUUCUAUCUCUCUUGCAAUCAAUCUUUCUCCGUUUACUCUCUUUCUACCUACUUUUCUCCCUAUAUCUCUCUUUAAAUUUCUCUUUAAUCUUCCUCUUUUUCAUUUCCACUUCCCUUCUCAUUUUCUUAUUCCCUAUUUCUCUCAAUCUCUCUGCUGUUUUUCUGUUUCUCUUCAUAUUUCUUUCUCAUAUUCUUUCUCCUUAUUCUUUUCCCCAUUUCUUUAA